UACUUUAACCUAGGGCAUCUGUGAGGUAUUCUCUUUUCUCCCUGGACUGUAAGUAAUACAGCUAUUUUCUGUUUUUAUCUAAAAGUGACUGGCACAUUCCUACAAUCAAAGCCAGGACUUCCCCCUAAGAAAUGAAUGUCAGCUCUCUGCACACUCCCGGAUGGCACUAUCUGCUUCCCGGAGGGGGAGUCGGGGUGUAGAGGGGCUACAAAUAGAGCAGUUGUUCAAGGAGCAAGCACAUAGACUUCAUUGUCUACUAUUUAACCUCUGAGUGUGAACUAUUGUUUGGGUUUUGGGUCUUUUAAAGUCUAUGAGCCGCGGUUGUAAAUGUGCCGAGACAGUACGGCUCAUUCAUCAACCACACAUCGUUUUGUAGAAAAGAGAAAUCUUUCCCUCUCGCUCUCUCUCUCUCUUCUACACCUCCCCCUCUGUCCUUUGUACUUCACUAUGUGAAAUGUUACUGAUCAGGCUCAGCCUCAUCCUGUGUAGCAUGAUGUGGUCAGCCCAACUGCAUCCUUCCCCAUUGUCUUUCACUUCCCUUCUUAGCGAUGGCGUCUGCAGACCUGAGAGCUGAGCUGGAAUGUUCCGUCUGUCUGAACAUUUAUACAGAUUCUGUAAACCUGAGAUGCGGACAUAAUUUCUGCCGGGCCUGUAUUGAUCGUGUGCUGGAUACACAGGGGGGGUCUGGAGGAUAUUCAUGUCCUGAAUGCAGAGAGAAGUUUCAGGAUCGGCCUGCACUGCACAGGAACAUAACGCUACGUAACAUAGUGGAGAAUUUCCUGUCUGCUCAACCAGAUCAAGAGGAGUCUGGGGUCUUCUGUACUCACUGUGUGGACUCUCCUGUACCUGCUGUUCAAUCCUGUCUGCUCUGUGAGGUUUCUCUGUGUGAUAAACACCUGAGAGUCCACAAAAAGACCCCAGAACACAUCUUAUGUGACCCCACCUUGUCCAUGGAGAGCAGGAAAUGCUCCGUCCAUAAGAAGAUCCUGGAGUAUUACUGCACUGAGGAUGAUACCUGUAUUUGUGUGACCUGCAGUUUGGCCGGAGAACAUCGAGGACACCAGGUGGAGAUGCUGGGUGAGGCUUCCGAGAAGAAGAAGGAGACACUGAGGAAUGUUCUGCAGAAACUUCUGAUAAAGAUAGAGGAGACGGAGGAAAGAGUCCAGAGUCUGCAGGAACACAGGAGGAAAGUAGAAGAAAAAACACCUGGUGACACCGAGAGAGUCACUUCCCUGUUUAGAGAUCUCAGGAGACAUCAGGAAGACCUGGAGAAGAGAGUCCUGAGGGAGAUCUCCGGGCGUGCGGAGCGGAUCUCCAUCUCCAUUCGGGAUCUGGAAAUAAAGAAGGAGGAGUUGUCCAGGAAGUUGCGUCACAUUGAGGAGCUGUGUAACAUGACGGAUCCACUGACUGUCUUACAGGAAUCAGACACAGGUGACUUGUGUGAUACUGAGGAUGGAGAUAAUGAGGACAGAGAGAGACAUGAGAAGCUCCUCCAUGAUGGAGGGGGUCUGGAUGUGGCGGGGGUCUUACACACAGGUUUAUCUGAUAUAAUAACAGAGGUAAAUGUAUACUUCUAUAUACAGGGAGCUGCAGACAUAUUACUGGAUGGAAACACAGCUCAUAAUCUUCUACAGAUAUCAGAUGACAGGAAAACUGUAUCCACGUCAGAUAAAUACCAGAAUCAUCCAGAAACACCAGAGAGAUUUCAGAAUUGGUCUCAGGUGUUGAGCAGUCAGAGUUUCUCCUCAGGGAGACAUUACUGGGAAGUAGAUGUCGGGGGGUCAGAAAGAUGGACAGUUGGGAUGUGUUACCCCAGUAUAAAGAGGAGAGGAAAUCAUUUAGUGAUUGGAUGGAAUAACAAGUCCUGGGGAUUGUACAAGGAAGGUGAUCAGUACGGGGUGAAACAUAACAAUAACGAGGUCCUCUUACCUCUUACCAAUAUCUCCAGUAACAGAGUCAGGAUAUAUCUGGAUUAUGAGGCCGGGCAGAUCUCCUUUUAUGAUCUGUGUCACCCGAUCCGACACCUCCACACCUUCACCACCACCUUUACUGAGCCCCUCCAUGCUGGGAUAUGGGUACCAAAAGGUUGUAUAAGGAUAUGUGGGGGGAAUCGAGAGAUGUGAGAGCUCCACCACUGGAAACAGUAGCGAUGCAGUGCAUUGUGCAUGCUGGGUGAGUGUGGGCAAAUUUCACAGUGGGAGGGUCUUAAAGGGGCAUUUUUAAAUAAAACCAGGAAUACAUAACACACAGAGUGCAGGCUUCAGGCGUGCACUACAUACAGAAUGCAGGGUUCAGAUGUGCAUUACACAUAGGGUCCAGGAGUGCGAAACAGAGUACAGGGUUCAGAAGUGCACUAUGCACAGGGCGCAAGGUUCAGGAUUGAGCUAUGCACAGGGUAUAGGGUUUAGGAGUGCGUAAUACACACAGUGCAAAGGUUCCGGAGUGCACUUUGUACAGAGCGCAGGGUUUAGGAGUAUGUAACAAACACAAUACAGGUGAAGGCGUCAUGCACAGAGUGAGGGUUCAAGAGUAUACUAAAAACAAGGUUCAUGGUUUAAGAGUGUAUAACACACAAAGUUCAUGGGUUCAGGAGCACAUUACACACAAAAUGCCGGGUUCAGGAGCAUGUUACAUACAGAAUGCAGGGUUAAGGAAUGCACUAUGCACAGAAUUCAGGGUUCAGGUGUGCGCUACAUACAGAAUGCAGGGUUCAGAGGUACACUACAUACAGAAUGUACGGUUAAGGUGCAUGUUACAUACAGAAUGCAGGGUUCAGGAGUGCACUAUGUAUAGAGCACAGAAUUCAAGAGAGCACUACGUACAGAGUGCUAAAUUCAGGAGUACUUUCCUCACAGAAGGCAGGGUUCAGGAGUGCGCUACGCUCAGAAUUCAAGGUCCACGAGCAUGUUACAUACAAAAUGCAGGGUCCAGGACUGUGCUAUACACAGAAUGCAAGGUUAAAGCGGAGGUUCACCCUAAUAACAUGUAUAUCUGA